AUGACGAAAAACUGGACCAAACGAGAAAAAAUUAAUAUUUUGUCAUCAGGGAAAAAAAGUUUGUACAACGAACAGAAAAUUCAUCAAGAAGAAGUGUUCUCAAAACUAAAUGGAGGAAAAAUUUUCUCGAAGUUAGACCUCUCGGAGGCCUAUUUACAGAUACAGGUAGAGGAAGUUUGCGCACACCUUUUAACUAUCAACACACAUCGUGGAUCGUAUAAAUUCAAACAGCUUCCUUUUGGAGUAAAAGUGGCACCUGCCACAUUCCAACAAGUGAUGAACGCAAUGUUAAAUGAUUGCAACUUAGCUAUUGCUUAUCUCGAGGAUAUUUUUGAUAAUGAGCGAGAUGGCGGAGCAACACAUCGAACAUAUUAA